GCAAAAAGCCAUUAUCGGACAUCCCUAUUUUAUACCCUUUUUGUCAAAUAAAACCCUUAUUUUGUAGGGAAUAAACAAAACAUGUGCAAUAUUUCCCCUCCAAAAGUCAUAAGUCAAAUAUUAGAUAUGAAGUAGUUGGAGCCUUGAAUAUGUCAACAAUUGACAACAACAUUGAUUAUUGUGAUUCACAAUAAUGGUUUGAACUUUGUUGUUUUGAAAUAAAAACCACAUUAGAAGACCCUUGAGGGUCCCACUCAUAAAAGUGUAAAAGUAAGUCAUACAUUAGUAUAUUUGGCCAGAUUUCAUCCCGCUCAUUUUUCAAAUGAACAUUGUGUUGCAUGAUGUCAUUUUCAAAAAAAGGUCCCGUGUCGACAUGUGUUGUUAUGACUGUGAUUAUUAUUUGACUUGCUGUCGUUUAUUUGUCACUCCUUUAUUUCCGUUGUACUUUUCAAUCAUAUUCAAAGUUGAGUUAGGAUAAUUCACUAAAAACUCACCUUUUCACAUGAAUGAAUAAUCCUGUUAUUGAUCGUGAUUUAUAUACCAAUCAAAAAUCCUCGUGAUUAUUAUUUUUGCCAUAAUCCUCCAGCCCUCAUUGCUAUGAUAUGUUGUGAUGCGUUGUUGUGUUUCACUGUCAUUGUCGGCAUGCUAACAUGGAUGUUUCCAGAAGCCUAUGUGGAGGUGAUGGUGUCAUGUGACACGUCUGGUCUGCUGCUAAAAAUAACACGCACACGCAAACAGUGAGUCAACAAGUCAGUGGCAGAGAAGACGUGUGAGAAGCAGAGGUGCCACUCUGACUGACUUGUCAUGAUGUUGGAGAGGAAGGUUCCUGUUCCUGUUCCUGUUCCUGUUCCUGCCUACGACGUGAUGGCAGUGCGGAGUGUGUGGGAGGUGCGUGUGAGCAAACAUCUUCUACGUCAGAGGAAGGAGCAGGACAGGAAGGAGAGCAGCGCCCUGGCCAGGAUUGAGCAACAAUGGCAGUAUUUUAUCUACUGCAAGACGCUGAAAACACACGAACGCAACCUGCUGGACACUUACCUCACUAGAUCUACUCUACACACACUCACUGCAGAGCAUCCGUCCAAUCAGGAGGCAGAUGUGCAGCAAGCACAGUGUGACAGUCCAGAUGUGAGUAACCAUGGUGACAAGAAGCUGCUGUUCCAGCUGCAUGGUGACCAGUGGAAGGACUUCCCGCGAGAACUGCAGUGGAUGACAUAUUUACAGGAGUGGCACGUGACGGACACCAAGAUCCAGAAGCUUCCAGACUACUUGUCAUGUUUCACACAACUUAGUGUGUUGGAGAUGCCCAACAACGCCCUGAAGGAGCUUCCGGCCGCCAUCGGACAACUGAGCGCACUGAGGCAGCUCAACGUCAGCUACAACCGUCUGUCCGCCAUUCCUGCCCAGCUGGGCCUCUGUGACAACCUGGAGAGACUAGAAGUCUGUGGAAACUACAACCUGUGCCAGCUUCCCUUUGAGCUGAGUGGCUUGAAGAAGUUGCGUCACCUGGACGUGUCUCAGAACAACUUGGCCUCCAUUCCUGUCUGCACACUCAGGAUGUCAUCUCUGCAGCUGCUAGACCUUAGCGACAACAUGCUAACUGACCUGCCACAGGACAUGGACAGACUCCAGCAGCUGCAGACGUUGUUUGUGCACAAGAACCACCUGACGUAUCUUCCUCAGUGUCUGACCAACAUUCCCACACUCAGCAUGGUGGUGGUCAGCGGCCAGGACCUGUCUUGUGUUCCCACACAGCUGUGCAGCAACCCCGCCAUCAAGUUCAUCCGACUGUACGACAGUGCGGUGGGCGACAGGAAGCUGACACAAGUGAGUGGGAGGACGAGGACGAGGACAGAAGAGCCGAGCAGGGACAGCAGCCAGAAGGAGUUCCUGGAAGUCUACGUGGACACGCUGAAAGACCGAGAGGACGUUCCGUACGCCACCACCAAGGUGUCCAUUUCCUGUCUGCUGUGACCCACACAGCCAUGCUAACAUGCUAAUGCUAACCCCUGUGUUGCUACAGCCGCUAGAUAUUUAAAUAGCACUUGAUUGAUUGUCAGCACAAACGCUUUAAGAGGGCAGAAAUGAUUUUGUCAAGAUGAACACAAAGUGCUAACACUUAGCCCUCGCUACGCUACUAGCGACAUUCCUCUCCCGCUAAAACUCACUGGAAAGAUGGAUUGGAUCCUCACAUUUGGUGGCUAUCUUUGUCCGGGCUCAUGAACACAUCCUGCUCUGCCAGAGGAUAAGAAGACUAAGUCAAGUGGCUAGAUUCACAAAAGGUGAUUCAUAGCAUGAAGAAAUUAUAUUACUUGCUAAUAUCAAAUAUUUAGUCAGUGACUAAAUAUUGAUUUACAUUUAGCAACAUGUAUUUACAUAUAAUUAGCAACUAAUAUACUUAACAAUUAACAUUGAAAUGAAUAACAUUUUCAUGUUUUUAGGGACUUAAUAUUUAGAGACUAAUUACUUAUCAAUGUUGAAUAUUUUAAUAAAUAUUUAGCAACUAAUAUGCUGAAGAAUAUUUUGCGGCUAAUAUAAUUAUACAUAUUUAGCAACUAAUUAUAUUUUGCGACUGAAAUAUUCAUAAAUAUUUAGCGACUAAUAUACUUAUAUUUAGCAAAUGCUAACGUAAAAUUAGUGACUAAUAUAUUCAUACAUUUGAGCAACUUAAUAUUUAUUCAUAUUUGGAGGCUAAAUACUUACCAAUGUUUAGUGUUGGAUAUUUUUAUGAAUAUUUAGCUAGUGAUGUACUUCAAACAUGUUCCUGACUAAUUAUACAUAUUUAGCAACUAACCAUAUCUAGUGACUAAUAUAUCCCACAAAAUGUAGCAACUAAUAUCGUUUUUAAAUAUUUAUCGACUAAUAUCCAUACUUUGGACUAAUAUCCAUAUUUAGUGACUAACAUGCACAGCCAUCCAAAUGAUGAGAAUCACUAAUCACUUGGCCUGGUGUAUCAAAUCCAGCACUUAGGCAUGGAGACUGUUUCUACAAACAUGUGUGAAAGAAUGGGCCGCUCUCAGUGAUUUCCAGCAUGGAACUGUCACAGGAUGCCACCUGUGCAACAAAUCCAGUCCUGAAAGUUCCUGGCUCCUAAAUAUUCCAAAGUCAGCUUUAUUGUAAGAAAAGUGAAGAGUUUGGGAACAACAGCAAAGUAAAGGACAUCACCACUGGACUCUAGAGCAGCGGACACACCUUCUCUGGACUGAUGAGUCACACUUUUACAUCUGAUGGAGCAGUCUGGCUUUGGAGGUUGCCAGGACAACGCUACAUUUCUCACUGCAUUGUGCCCAGUGUGACAUUUGGUGGGGGAGGAAUUAUGGUGUGGGGUUGUUUUUCAGGAGUUGGGCUUGGCCUCUUAGUUCCAGUGAAAGGAACUUUCACUGGAACUGUCCAAAACAUUUUGGACAAUUCCAUGCUCCCAACCUUGUGGGAACAGUUUGGAGCGGCCCCUUCCUCUUCAUCCAUAAAGACAUGGAUGACAGAGUCUGGUGUGGAUGAACUUGACUGGCCUGCACAGAGUCCUGACCUGAACCCCAUAGAACACCUUUGGGAUGAAUUAGAAGGGAGACUGAGAGCCAGACCUUCUCCACCAACAUCAGUGUGUGACCUCACCAAUGCACUUUUGGAACAAUGGUGGAAAAUUCCUAUAAACACACUCCGCAACCUUGUGGACAGCCUUCCCAGAAGAUAUAAACACACUCCGCAACCUUGUGGACAGCCUUCCCAGAAGAUAUAAACACACUCCGCAACCUUGUGGACAGCCUUCCCAGAAGAUAUAAACACACUCCGCAACCUUGUGGACAGCCUUCCCAGAAGAU